AUGAACAAAAACGGAACCGCUAAAAUGAAUGAUAAUCAAAUUAGAGCAGAAGGUAGAAGGUUAUUUAAACGCUUCUAUAACAUUCCUGAUGGUGUUAAUCCUAAAACUCGUAGAAGUUAUUUAAAUGAAGCAAUAGAUUCAUAUGAAGGGUUUGACAUUUCAUCAGAAAGUGAGAGAUUAGCGAGAAUGUUAAAUGUUAAUCUUGAUUUCUAUUAUUGUGAUCCUCAACCAGAAGACGUGGACAUAAAUAAGGUAGACUUUCCAUUAGUGGAAUCAAUAAUGAUAGAUCCAGAAUUUGAAACAGUAAAUAUUUUAUUAACACAGAGUCCAUGUGGAAAACUUCACGCUGACAGAAUAACAGACGUUGAAGCACUCACCGGCUAUAGAGUUUGUCCAUAUUGUAAAGAAGAAGUUUAUUCUAUCCGUGAUGAUCCAGAAAGGAAAAACCAAAGAAGAUUUUUAAAGCAUUGUGAGAAAUGUAAAGAAAAUAAUGGAAGAUUAAUUCAAGACGUUCAGUUGCAAAAGACACAGCAACCAUAUGCACCACAUAUUACGAAACAGAAGAUAUAUCAGUGGUUAUUAGCUCAUAAUUUGCAGGAAUAUUAUCAACCGACAAGAUAUUAUAUUACUUUUGACUUCGAAACAUUAGAGACUAAAGAAGAAUUACAACUUUCUGAGUGUGCAACUUUGAACG